CGCAGACAAAGCUAGACAAAGCAACUCCCGAAUCCACGCCGAUAGGGGAAACGCCGCGUCGGGAGAGGGGAUUACUCAGUCCCCCCUCCUCACGCUCACCCCUUCCCCCCUUCUCGCCGCGCCGCUGUCUGCAAGUUAGCCAAUGUUUCCCUUCUGUUUGAAAUUCAGUUCGCUUCACGCCGUUGUCCGCUCGGUUCACGACCCUCGCGUAUUCCUCCCGUCUCACCACGUGCUGUGAGACCUUCGCGUUCAAUUUGUGCUCCCGAAAGUUCUAACCCCGCUUGUUGUGUUUCGAUUUUCGUUUUCCAUCUCUCGGCGGUGUGUGCUCUUCGCGUUUCGGGCUGCGUGCGCUGUGAUGGCUGCGAUGCCUAGGGGUUCGGGCUUGUUUUGAUGUGUUAUGUGUACCCUUCCACGCCUUGACGUCAACGUCAGUUGUGCGGCUUGCAGUAGCUUGCGUUUGUGUUCGUGGCGGCGGCGGAAGCGGAAAAAAUUCGCCCUAUUUCCGCGAGUUAUCCUGGCGUUUGAUUGACGCGACGAGGCCGCGAAAACACAGGUGCAUCUGCUUGUUUGUGUUGGCGCAGCAGUGAUCUCUCCAAGCGCACUUGUUCCCCAAUUCGCUGCCGGCGGUUGUGUCGUGUGAUGCGUUUCCCUCAACAAUGUAAGGGUGAUAAUUUAUCGCUUCUAACACUGCGGCGCAGUUAGUGUUGAUCAUGCUUUCAAGCCUCUCAGGCUUCGACGCGGUUUGAGACCUACUUUCGUAGGUGCUUUUUAUUUGUUUUUAAAUUGUGAUUUUUGUGAAAGGGUUGAGUGUCGGGUGCGAGGUUGUGGUGAUGGCGUUCGGAUUGUCAUGACCAGCGCGAAAAUGCGAUGCCCUUUCCUCCUCGUGAUGGCGAUGUUGUGUCUGUGCGGGAAGUGUCGCUGUCUCCAAGAGACGUGUGUCGGCGCCAACGGGUCCGAAGUGCCCUGCGGGGAGGCGUUGGCGGCGGCGCCCGCUGGGCCGCCGCCGCCCGGGAAACGCUGCGUCCAAAGCUUGGACAUCUGGAAUGUGAGCGACAUGGAUCUGCUACGCAAUUGCAGCGUCGUCGACGGGUUCGUGCGCCUCCUGCACUUCGAGAACGUGUCGGCGGCCGUCUAUGAGAAUUACCAGUUCCCGGAGUUGGUGGAGAUCACGAAUUAUUUGGUGAUGUACCGAGUGUACAACCUCACGUCCAUCGGAAAGUUGUUCCCCAAUCUGGCCGUCAUCGGCGGCUGGACCCUCUUCAAGCACUACUCGCUUGUGCUGCUUCACACGGAUUUGAAGGAGGUUGGAUUAACGAAGCUUGUCAAGAUUCAUCGAGGAGGUGUUUGGAUCUCUGGAUCACCAGCUCUAUGCUACGGCGACACGGUCAACUGGCACGCCAUCGUGGAGAAUGUAACGAUCUCGCCGCCGCCGGUGGAAGUGACCGUAUCCAAGGAGUGCAAUAAGUCGAGAGCCGAAUACUGCCGCCACUGCCCGAGCGACUACCAGUACUGCUGGUCGGGGGAGCCCGGCACCUGCCAACCACGCACGCCCAAGUACCCGGCCAACUUCUGCCCUCGCCUCGAGACCCCGGAUGGCACCUGCGUCACAGAAUGCCCGCGUCCUUUAGUCAAGUACAAGCAUUGGUGCAUCGUGGAUGAAGAGUGUCGAAAUCUAUCGUCGGAACUAAUCGUCCGGAAGCGACCCAGUAGCCUGGAUCCUCUCGGUCUUGGUGCCGCCUCCUCGGAGGCAGCCAAGAGGCAGCACUUCCCAUUCCAAGGUUCCUGCAUCGUCGACUGCCCGCCGCGCUACGAGCGGAUAGACAGGAAGGAAGGAGCCACGUGCGAACCCUGCCCUCGAGACAAAAUCUACUGUAACCAAUGCAAAGGCGGCAAGAUCAGGAGUAUCGCAGAGGCGGAGGCGCUGAAAGGCUGCAUCUACAUCAACGACUCGCUCGAGAUCGAGAUCUCCAACGAGCGGAACAACUCGGCCAUCCAGGACAUCCUGACCGCGUACCUGGGCGACAUCGAGGAGAUCGAGAACCACCUCAAGGUCAGUCGAUCCCUCGCCCUCCAGUCGCUGAACUUCCUGCGGAAUCUCACCAUCAUCCACGGGAAACCGAAGGAGAUGUCCAACCGGAUCCAGGACAACUCCAGCCACCCGUCCUUCAUAGUUACCGAGAACCAGAACCUCCAGGAGCUGUGGGACUGGGAUCAGAAGCCGGACGGAAGGAAGUUCGAGAUACGACAGGGCACGCUCUCCUUCCACGACAACCCGAAGCUCUGCAUAUCGACCAUCAAGGACUUCGCGCUGAUCGCCAACAUGUCCACGGCGAACCAGUCGGAGGUGUCGACUUUCUCGAACGGGGAGAAGGCUCCGUGCCACAGCACGAACAUCAACGCGACGGUCGUGAAGACGGCUUCCGACACCGUUAUUAUCGACAUCAGCCGUCCCAAAAGCAAAGAGACCUCGAGUUUAUCCCUCCGCUAUGUUGUUUAUUACUCGGAAGUCAAGGAUCAAAACCUAACGGCGCACGAAGGGCCGGAUGAGUGCGGUUCCAAUUCGUGGAGGAUAAGCGAGACGAUCGUAUCGGCGAACGAAACGGAGGCCUUGAUGGCCAACGAUGCCUCCGUUCCGGAGAAACAGACGCACAUCCUCGGGCAUCUGGAACCGGACACCCUGUACGCGUUCUACGUUCGAACGAUUAACUUCAGCGGUUUAAGUACCGUACAUUACGUUCGAACGACACCAGCGAGGCCCUCGUUACCGCAGGACGUCAAAGCUCACUCCAACUCGAGCUCCCAGAUCGUUCUUUCGUGGAGACCCCCUCGCCAUCCUAACGGUAACCUAACGCAUUACGUUCUGAAAGGCUACUUGCGGGAGUACAACCAGAGCUACCUCGAUAAACGUAACUAUUGUCAGCGGAAGUUACUGCGAAUAGCCCCGAACAAUGCCACCUUCCCUCCCGAUUUCAUCACUGGCGCAGCCGAAUCUGAUAAAUGUCGCAAGUCUUACAAGUGCAAAGACUUGGAGUAUAGUAAAACCAUCAACUGGGAGUUGGAGGACAUAAAACAUUAUCAGUGUGAUAAUUAUAUGCUCAAAUGGCUCGAGUUGGCUCAUUUAAUGCACGAUAGCGCACCAGAUUUCCCGGCCAGUAGCGCGUCUGUUGAUGCGCCGGAAAAUUUCAAUUUUCAGGAUGAAAGGACAAGCUUCUAUCAUAAUGUCUCAAAGGACAUGACACUAUUUUCGAUCGACAAUUUGAUGCACUUUAGCGAGUACGUCAUCCUGGUUUCAGCGUGUCGAGAAAGCUAUCCUAACGAGACCACUGCGCAUUGCAGCUAUGAUGUCUUUAUCACAGCGAAAACGUUAAGUCUCAGGGAAGCAGAUGAUAUUAAUCUGGACUCAAUUAAUUCUACUGUGAUCAACAACGAAACCGUUCUCAUCAGGUUUGAUGAACCCUACGAACCAAACGGUGUGAUUCUCAGUUAUGAAAUCGAGUAUUAUCGAGAACCAGAUAGUGAGGGAAAGUCACGUAAGUGUAUCACGCGCUCAGAAUUUUUAGAUAUGAAUAGGAGCUUGGAACUGAGCGUUGGGCCGGGUCUCUAUAGUUAUCGAAUUGUCGCGACGUCCUUGGCAGGUCCAGGUAACCCGUCAAUCCCCAAAUCAUUCGAGAUUAAAGACAGAGAAGGAAGUAGUUAUACGACACUCUUCAUGCUCUUUACGAUCCUCAUAUCUGGAGUGCUCAUUGCCUGUCUUUUCGGUUACUUUUACUUGAAGAAAAAAGCAAUGGAAGCCAACAUGAAACUUUAUGCCUCUGUGAAUCCUGACUACUUCCGGAUGCCGUACGUUGUUGACGAAUGGGAAGUUCCUCGGAGGGAUGUUACCAUCGUGAAAGAGCUCGGGGAAGGGACCUUCGGGACGGUGUUCGAGGGUCUACUGUAUCCUGACAAGAAGAAAUGCGCUGUCAAAACGGUGCAAAAGAACAAAGAGCACGAUGUCAACGAGUUCUUGAACGAAGCAUCAGUCAUGAAAGCUUUCAGCAACGCUUAUCACAUCGUGAAACUCCUCGGAGUGGUCUCCAUCGAUAGGCCACCCCUGGCAAUCAUGGAACUGAUGGCUUUGGGUGAUCUAAAAUCCUUCUUGAGGGGUUCGCGGGAACAGCCGGAAUUUUUGCCAGAUACGAAGCGGAUCUACAAAAUGGCGGCUCAGAUAGCCGAUGGAAUGGCCUACCUGGAGGCGAGGAAGUUCGUUCAUCGUGACUUAGCCGCGAGGAAUUGUAUGGUGGCCGAAGACAUGACGGUGAAAAUCGGCGACUUCGGGAUGACUCGAGAUGUUUAUGAGACUGAUUACUACAAGAAAGGGGACAAAGGCUUGUUGCCCAUCCGAUGGAUGGCCCCGGAAAGUUUAGGUGACGGUAUUUUCACGUCUUCCUCUGACUCGUGGAGCUACGGCGUCGUUCUGUGGGAAAUAGCCACUCUAGCCGAGCAACCAUAUCAAGGACUCGCCAACGAGCAGGUGUUGCAAUACGUGUUGAGCAAGCAAAUCUUAGAUACUCCCACUGAUUUUCCAGAAGCGUUGAAACCGCUCAUGAACCAGUGUUGGAGCUGGAGGCCCCCACAACGCCCGAGCUUCAUGGCCAUUUUAGAUAUUCUGGACCCGGUCACAGAUGAAGAUUUUAGGUCGGUGUCCUUUUACCAUUCGGAAGAGGGUCGCGAGUUGCGGAAAAACCUCAAACAUAGGUCACAGGAGAAAGCUUCGAAAGAUCAAGCGCAAGUCCUGGCAUUCAUGUCCUCGUCGUCGGAGAAAUUCUACUCUCCGAAACAACUCGCCAACACGCUGGGUCUUUUCAAGUCAAGAUCUCAUUCUAAAAGUAAAACCUCCCUAGGGGGCUCAGCGUCAUCGUAUGUUUUGACUGAUGCGUAUGUUCCUUUAAAACAAUUUCCUGACUAUCCCGGAGACGAUCCUGUGGAUGAUCAACCUAGCACGAGUAUGUCUCAUCCUACCCUCAAUGGUCACCUGCCUUCCACGAGUCGAAGCUAGUUUUUAUUUAUUCCCUCCUUUUAUUAGUUGUAAGUUUGAAUUACCUCAUUCAGUUUUUUUUAUGAAACUUUUUAUUUUCAAACGGACUGCUUUACUUUAUUCCUCCCUUUCUCUCUUUUUCUAUCCUCUCUCUCUACUUUUCCCUUUUACUCUCUUUUGACAUCGAAGUGAAGAUGUAUGCCUUUACAUAUAUUCUAUAUAUUCUGUAUAAUAGUUUAUUUUUCAUAAAGAUGUUAAGUCCAACACGGAGUCUACCCCUUCAACCUCUCACAGUAGAUAUACUUGCCUGUUUCUUCAAUAAAAAUGUUACAAUGCUUUAAAAUGUUCACCGGUCUAUAGUAUAACUGAUGUCCAUUGUUUGCAGCAUCAAAUAUUCUCAACAAAGAAGUGAUGCAUGUAUUGGGACACUGUAUUUUCCAGUUGUUUUUCUCCUUUGUUGGUUCAAUUCCUUCUCUGCUCUUCUAGGGCACUGCUCUCUCAGUAAUUGAAGUUAUUUUUGGUACUAUUUUCGUUAAGAAUAGAUCUGAAUUUGUGUAAAUAUUUACCAAAUUUAGAACUAUCACCUCUCCAGUUUGAUUUUUCUUGGACAAUCGUGUAAAAUAUUUCCCCGGUUCAGUUGUCAUGUAAUAAAAUUGUAUUUGCUAGUCAUAUUUCCGUUCAACCACUUCAGAGUCGUGUGAACCUUCAUGAUAUCAAUUUAACAAAAUGAUUUGUUUUUUCCUGUGUAAAUAGUUUUUCAUCGAAUUUUUUUCACUUUUUUGUAAUAAUUUCUUUUUUUUUUAUUUCAAUUGUAAGAAAAAUGUACAAAUUGUACUUUCAUCAUUUUAAAGUAUAACUUAACGUCUUUAACCAAUGUGUUGAUGUUUAAUGUUAUGAUCAAUAGUUACCAAUGUUUCUGUUUUAAGUGAGUAGUUAUUUAUUUCAAAUUGUUUUUCCUUCUGAAGGUCACAUGAUCCUUUUUUUUUUGUUUAAUUGAUACUGUUAUAUAGCUUGUAGUGUUUCUAAGUGGUCGGACAUUUUUUAGGGCAAACACGGCCUGUACCAUGAUUGUUUUUUUUUUAUUUUAUUUUUUAAUUCAACUUUUUUCAUUAUUUAUUUCAUUUUAUGAGACAGUAAAAAUGCUUGUCUCAGCGUCCUUGCUUUAAAUAGAGUAUCUCGACGGACUAGAUUUUUUAUUCAACAGUCUUCACAGAGAAAAUGGCUGAACAAUUAUUACAUAUAUUUAAUUUUUCUCUUAAGACUAACUAGCAAAGACUCCAACGUCUCUGGAGUUCAAAAAUAGCAUGUUCCGGAAACAAAAACCAAAAAUGAAUUGUUAAAAUUCAUAUUAGCACAGAACUCUGCACCACCGUGAUCUUUGGGUUCCUCAUCAUUAAAAAUGUCUGUUGCACAAGAAUUUUGGCUAAAUCAGAAGCGCACUGACUUUCCCUUGAGUAACCAAUGUCCUGAAGUAUGCACCUUAAGUUUACAUCCCUGAUAUGAAAAGGAUUGAGCAAAUUUCCUAAAUUGUUGAUUUUGAUGGAAAUAAAAUGGUGAAACAUGAUAUCUCCAGUAUCAGAAUUAUAACUUACUAUUUUAAAUCUUGGAGUGCUUUUUCAGAACUUAACUUGUAAGUUGCAACCUUUACACUUAGUUUAUUGCUCACAGUCACUAACAAAACAAUCUUAGCACAUUUAUCUCCACUUCCAUCUCAAUCAAAUUUCCAAAACAUAUGCAAACCUGCAAACAAAACUAAUGAGAUCACAAUUCCGCAAACGAUUAGGUAUCUGAAAGGCAUUGUCAGUGGGUACCAAAUUUUUUUGUAUCACUACCAUCCUAAGUAUUUCCAGCUUUUAGAUUUUGACUUUUCUCCAAACUUUUUUCUGCACCUGACUGAUGAACUAGGAAACUAUUUGUCUUGUCCUACUUUUGUUUUUCCUUUCAAGACUAAGUUGACAUUUUUGAGAAUGAAAUACCUUUCAUAUAAAUCAAAGAAAUCACUGAAAGCCUUCAAGAAAUAAUGUUGAUUGGUUUUUCAAUUAAAUUAUGACGUAUCAAAGGAUAUCAUCGAUGGUGUGAAUUGAGAUACAUGAUUUCUGAGUUUAUCCAUCAAUAUGUCUUUUUGUCCCAUGUUUUUUCUCAAAGUUUUUCUUAACUCGGCACUUAUCCAUGACAGUAGCCUCGAUUGCUGAUUAUGAAUUUAACCCCAUCUUCAUUAUGCUCUGAAUGUCCUUUGUGAUUUUUCCAUAUUUUAUUAGGACCUAAUUACGUUAUUCAAAGGAUAAGUACCUAAGAAGGCAUGAAUUAAUAAACAGUGCCAUGGAUAAUUUUGAUUGGUAAAGUCAUUUAUUUAAGUUAAGAAAUUCUGGCCAGAGACUUAUGCUUUGUAAGUGCUGAAGAAUGUCAAAACAUACAAGAACUUCCAAUUGAAGAUAUUUUAACUUUUUAAACAGUGUAUACGUAGGUUCUCAUUCCACCAUCCCCUUCUCCCAUCAAAAAUAAGUAUCAUUUUGUAAAUAUUGUUCAAGAUUUUUUUUUAGCUGGACCAAAUUUUUUGUAUUUUUGUACAAAAUUACCCAUACUUUUCAUCAGUAGAUAGAUAGUGUUUAUUUUAGUGCCUGUUUUCCUUGUGUAUCCAUUAUUAAAAACCCACUGAUUCUCCUUUUAUACUCAUCAGUUUCAUAUUUUUUAAUUAAGUUGAUCUUUUCUGGUAUCUGUAGAAAGGAGCAUUUGCUCGUCCAAUAUGUUUAUUUAAAUUUUUGUUUUUAUCCCUGAUUCAUAAAGCUGUAUCAUCACAUCAUACUGUUUACAAAACAGUGUUUAAUAUUUCCUCAUUUUAUCGGCUUUUUGUGCAUAGGCAGACAGUUGCUCAAGGAAGUCACCAAAAUAAAAGAUAAUUAAUUCUUGAUUCCCAAAAAUUUUGCAUUUUCCUCAUGGCCUGAAGAGAAAUAUAAAGCACCAUACUUGGACCAUGUUAAACAGAAAGGAACCAAGUCACAUCAGCUAUUGCCAAAUUUAAUUGGCUAAUUUAAUUUUUUACAUGAAAACAGUCAUGCGGAUUUUCGUGCAAAUUUCAGUGAAUUUUCUCCAUAUUACGAAGCAAAUUCCUUAACAUUUUUAAAGAGAUCUGCACAAACGUUUUCUCGUAAAAAAUUAAAGUGCCCAGUUAAAAUUGGCAAUAACUGAUAUGGCUUGGAUCCUUUCUAUUAAACGCUGUCCAAUUCACCCUCCAAAUCAGCUGUACAAGUUAAAUCUCGGCUCAGCUGAAAGAAUAAAAAUGGAAAAUAAAAUUUAUACUCAUCUCUCUCAUUUUAAAACAAAAUCUUCCAUUUUUUCUCCCGUUCUGUUAGACCAUGUUCUUUAUUUAUUUUGACCAUUUAUACGGAACCUAUCACAAAAAUGUAUGAGGGCGCUUUUUUUUAUUCUGCUGAUACACUUUUUAAUCAUUGAAAUGAGGUCAAUUAUCUGUACUAUAACCACUGUAUUUGUUCUUGUAAUGAUGUUUGAUUAAUGAUCUAAAGUGUAACUUUAACUUCAUGUUCAUUCUACUUCCUCUGGGUUUUACAGACAGGUUGCUGUGUAGAUAGAAUCUCUUGGAUUAUAUUCUUCAUCAUCAUUUUUUCAAAUCAAUAUCUCAAAGAGAAGGAUUCACUAGAUGUUUAUGUUUCCUUGAUUUUUUCAAAAUAUACCUUGGUUCGUUUAUCAUCAUAAUUUGCUGUGAUCACAGUUAUCCAUGGAAUCUAAUUUCUAUGGCAUUGUAAAUAUUGUUUAAGCAUAUUUCCUUUUGUAAAUCAAUUUAAAAGAGCUUGAAAGUUAAAAAUUUAUAGAAUUAUGGUUUGUUCAGGUUAUGGUAAUCUUUAGUGUUGGAUGUUUCUCUUUUUUUCCGGCCCCAUUUAAUAAUUUCUUUCUUGUUCAACUAAGAGAUAUUUUUAAUCCCGCAGUUUCCUCUAAAGGGACCCACUUUGCAACACAGCAUUAUUGCAACAUUUACAUUUUUUGUAUUUUAUCUGAAUUAUGAGUUGCCUUGACAUUGAUAUUAGCAUGAACUUUGACUCUUUUCAGAAUAUUUUGCCGUUUCCUUGCUGAUAAAGUCUCUACAGGGUGACAAGUCCUUGUAAAGUCAAGGAAAACCUAAAAAAUUCAGUAAAUAAAUUUAUUUUUCUCACUGAGAUAAGUCAGGAAAUUUUGCUUCUGAACCUCUAAUUUACUCUCACCAUCAAAAUAUCUGAACAAUUAGGUACACUCAAGCAUUCUAUUAGAAGAGCUCACAUUUUGCACUGAAUGUGUCUUGUGAAAAGCAUUUUCAUACCCAAGAUCCUUACAAAGUCCGGAAAUUUCAAAAUUUGAUGAAACUUGUCACCCUUUCUCCGUCAACCGGUCCAUUUUUCAAUAUUUCUCGUCCUGUUUUUUCACGGAUAGUAAGUACCUGUUAAUAUUCUCCCCUAUGUCCCAAAAUUAUCAUUGGGAAAUUCCUGUUCAAUAAUGUUGCAGCAAUGCUCUUUGCAAUAGAACUGACCCCUCUCACUAGCAUUUUAAGGCCAUAGUUUGUUUUUUUUUUGCAUUUUAUAAGCUCUAAUAAUGGUAAAAAGUGUUGCAUCCAUUAGAUUUCAAUAUUACUUCAAAUAAGAGCUCUAUAAAUAAUUAAGUUUUUUUGCGCUCAAUACAUAUUCUAUUAUCUCAUCACCACAAUCACCUGUAAGUUCAAACAAAACCAAUCUAUUUCUCUAUCCCCCUAUGCAGAGAAAAAUUAACUUUCCUUUUAUCAGAUUGGUCACUGAUGUAACUUUGUUACACUCUGCUUUCGAGUGCCUACCUUUUCCUGAAUGUAGGGAGCGGAAGUCCCAAAUGGACGCGUUUAUGCUGAAAGUAACUAUAUUGCAUGUAAACCACAUGCACAUAGUUCCUUUUGGCAUAUAUACAUCCAAAUAGCAUAAUCUACUAAGUACGAAUGACUUAGAAUCAGUAAUAAGUAAUUUAUAAAUAUGCAUUGUGAUGAGGUCCUAAAGUUAACCACCAGGGCCUGUUCAUUGCCCAUAACUUUGACCAUCACAAAUUUGCCAAUUUAAUUUAUACCAUCAUAACAUGGGAGAUUGGUGUUGCCGUAAUUUAUUCCCACCGAUUCAUCAAGGUCACUAUCAAUCUUAAAGAGUAAAGCAAGUUCCUUAGGAAGGAAGAAAAAAAAUUCAAAUAUUGUUCUACUCUUGGAUGAGUUUUUAAGGGUUGUCUUAUUCCCUGUCCAAAACCAAAGAUUACUGAAUGCCUUUUUGCAUGUGUAUGUGACAAAUGCAACUUUUCUAAUAUAGGUAGGUAUCGAAAAUUUGGAUUUGUUGAAGAGUCUCCUAUUUACUUUUAUUAUAGCUUUCAAACUUUGCUUAUUUUCAUCGCCCUUAAAUUGAAAAUGUUCUUUUUCAUGAGAGUUAUACAUUACCAACGUAAAACCUCCAUCGUCAAUCCUCUUCAAAAAUUGAUGACUACUUUGGUAUGUAGUUCUUUAUAUUUGGUAACCUAAGUUCAAACAAAUGAAAAAACAAAGUUAAAAUUUGAAAAUAACUUUAUUCCAUUUUGUAGUUGAAUUUUAUUUCUAACUAUGUAAGUACCCUCUCCGAAGAUCACCAACAUUAAAUGCAUUUGAUGAUUUUGUAAUAACGCUGAUAGUCUGAAGAUGUUUUCUGAGACUGUGUGUUACCUAGGUACACAAGGAAUUUAUCACCAUUAAGAUAUUGUACGAAUGCAGAAAGGGGGCAAGUGUCUGAUAGAACUUUCUUUUACUGCUUACAUAUUAACAAAUCUUUUUGAAGAUAAUUGCUUCGAAGAGGGAAUUUUCAAAACAAGGAAGAGGUGAGCAAAUGGAAUGAUUGCUGCAAAGGCCUAGUUUUCAUUGUUAGCACAUCUCAUACCUGCCCAGCGGGGCGAUUAUUGAAAUGACAUCGACUCUAUGUCGCCGCUUUGUCGUGUAACGCCGAUGGCGCGACACGACAAAGCGGCGACAGAGUCGAUAUCAUUUCAAUAAUCGUCCUGCUGAGUCCUACCAAGUCUAAGUAGAUACCUUUAUCCAGUUUUCAAGUUUUGAUAUUUGUAGUUUUAAGGUUUCAGUUUAUCAUUCCGUUCUUUGAUAUUGACAUUUACCUAUUUUAUCUAGUUCCCACAAACAAGCGAAUUCUUUAUUGGAGCUGUCAGAAUGGUUCUAUUUCAGUGUCUUCAAUGUUUUCAGGUCGAAAAAAAAAGAAAACGAUCUGAGGUUGUAGGUAAGUUAUUUUAGGUUCAUGGAAAAAUCACCUCACAAUAGAUUUUUAUUUAAAAUUGCGCCUCUUAAAUGGUUAAAAUCUGCGCAGAGCAAUACAAUGGAACUCUAAACAUAAUAUUUUUUCUGCCAUAAAGAACACUCACUUUCACCUGUAUGUGAAUUCAAAGACUAAGUAUGCUAUUAAAUGUUUUAAUCAAACAACUUGUGUACCUUCAAAUAUUGUACCUAAUUAAGUGUUACUUUCUUCUCUCAAUGUUAUCAUCUUGUUAUAUUCCUCUGUACCAAGUACUAAUCUCCAGAAAAUAAUUAAAUAUUCAGUACUAAGACCACAUAUUUCUAGAUUUUUCUUUCUACGCACAAUGGAAGCAAAAUUUUCCUUGAGGCAGGAAAACCCAAAGUGUAUCAAUAGAAUUGCUUAAAUUUCUUAAGUCGACAACUUAAUUUCUGUAACCUGAACCUGAAAUCUGCCUUCCCUCUCUAUCACAUCAAUGUGUAAAUUAAGAAGUUGAAAAUGUUUUAUGGCUCUUCAUUUACUGCGUCAUCAUGAAGCAUUUAAGUAAAGUCCAUAUUUUAUUACCCAAAAACAUCAUUGUUGAACUCGUCCAAAUGUAUGUCUAACCAGAGAUGACAAGGCCAUCAAUAUUUUAAAGUUCAUGUAUGCCUCCGAAAGUUUGUGUAAUUGUAACAUAUUUGAAUGAGAAUAAAUUAUACCCGACUGGUGUGUAAUCAAGCUAUUUUUUGUACAUAUCCUGACUGUUUUUAUGUAUAAAAAUGUACAAAUCUUUUUAAUUUUUGAAACUCAAUUUUCUGUAAAUUUGUUGUUUAAAUCCAAAAGAAGAAUAAAUUGCUGUUAUUGCCUAAA